AUUAAUUUUACUGUGAUUACUGAUUAUAAUAAAUCUUAGUCCGUGCUUAUUAAUAAAUUUAAAAAAAAACGGGAAUAGUAUAUUUUCUGCAAAUCACGUAUUCCAAUGGACAUAUUUUGUUCCACAAAAUCCUUGUCCCACAAAUAUUAAGAUACAAAUAAUUUUAAUCAUUUAAAAAUUAAUUGAUUAGCAAAACCAUUACCUAUUAUUAAUUUAUUAUAAUAAUAUUGUACUGUUAUAAUAAUUGUAAUAUUGUAUAGUACGUUAAUGUUAAUUAGUGGUGGUUCGAUCAUAAUAUCAUAAUGUACGUGGAAAUGAUUUCAGAUCUACUUGAUUUGUUCAAUAAACUUUUAAACUUCAUGACUGAAGUUGGAGUCUUAGAUUCUUUUACAUUCAUGCAUUCUGCCAUAAAUCUCAACUCGCAGCAUGAGCAGUUCCUCAAAAGAAUUCAAUCAUCAAUUGAUGAAUUGAAGAAAUGGUUACAAAAUGUAUGUACGGAAUGGAAAGCAGAAGAUUUAGCUUCUCUUGGCAAUGUAAUAGAGCCACCAAUGACACCUAAUAAUAUAGAUCUCAACAUGAAUGGCACCGAUUACAUUACGCCACUUAUUAAAGAAAAAAUAGACUCUGUGCUAGGUUUUCGAAACCCAGUUAGUCCGAUCUUAUGGAGUGUUGGAUUGAGACCCAUACAAGAGAGUAAUUCUAAAGACGGAUUUGAAAUAGAUGAUGAUCAAAGACUGCCUACAGAUUUUGUUGCUCCUUCUUUUGGAGAUUAUGGAAGCCCAUCAUCAGAACCUUGGAAUGUUUUUCAAGAAUCUAAUUAUGAUCUGGAUCAGACAAAUAUGGAUGAAAAAGGUCCUCAAACACCAAAUAUAAAAUUAUAUAGAAAGGAAGAGGAACCAGAUAUUAUACAAGACAUGAGUUCAAAUUCAUCAUGUUUUCCUCAUGAGAUUAAUCGAAUUGAAAAUUUAUUUCCAUGCCAAAAAUGUAAGCACCAACUCGGGUCCUUUGAAGAAUUAGAAGAGCAUUUAAAAACACAUCAACUCAAAUCAAAAUUCACAAAUCUACAUUUGACUUGUGCUUACUGUAAUAAAUCAUUCUAUAAAAAAAGUAAUUUACGCUUACAUAUGUUGAUCCAUGAAAACAUCAAACCUUACGCAUGUUUGUACUGUGAUCGGCAGUUUACUCAGAAAGCCACAAGAGAUAUACACUUAACUAAACAUACCGGUGACUAUUUAUAUUUGUGUUACGUUUGCAAUAAAAAAUAUGCUACUAAAGGCAAAUUAGAGUUCCAUAUGAAAACUCAUCAAGAAGCACAAUAUGAAUGUACCUUGUGCAGUAAACGUUUUUCUACUCAGCAAUAUUUAAAUUAUCACAUGAAAGUACAUCCAGAUCAGAAUACAAGUGGAUUCAACUGUGAUGUAUGUCAAACAGAGUUUAAGAAAAAAAGAUCUUUCCUUGCACAUAGAAAACAAGAACAUCCAUUUUGUAUGUUUAAAUGUCCAACUUUUGAAUGUGAUAAGGAAUUUUCUACGAUCCAACUGUUAAAUAGGCAUAUUAAACGAUUACACGAAGCAAAGGAAAAAAGUGUGAUUUGUUCAGAAUGUGGAAAAUCAUUUGAUUUUCCUAAUUACCUACAAAAACACAUUGUUCGAGUUCAUGGGCCUAAGCGUUUACCAAAAUUUAAAUGCCGACAGUGUCCCUUGCGUUUUGAUAAUGACGUUAUGUUACAUGUACACAUGCAAUCACAUCCAAAGGAUAAUAAAAAAAAAGAAAUCAAACGUGUGAGUUGUCCUCGAGAUUCUUGUAAUUUAUCAUUUUACAACCGUGUUAGUCUCCGAUAUCACAUUGCUGAAAAACAUGAUAAUAUUUAUCGGUAUGAAUGUGAAAUAUGUCAAAAGAAAUUUGUUCGAAAAAAUCAUUACGAAUUACAUAAAGCUAUUCAUUUGAAACCAAAUUUUACUUGCAAUAUGUGUUUCAAAAGAUUUCGUAAAAAGAAUCGCUUAGCUGCUCAUUGGAAAAGGACUCAUCAACAAGAGACAUUUGAUUUUGGCAUGCUUUUUAGUGUAGAUACAAUUCACAAAUUAAAUUUAUAAUAUAAUAAUAUGUUUAAUAAAUUAUAGUUCUCCUAUAGUUAAAAUUAAAGUUAACUACCUAAUGUUAAUAUAAGAUGCAAUGUAAACUGAUCAGGCAAGGAUUCAUGGGUGGUUAAGAAGAGACUAUCCCCCCCUCCUUUUUCGCCGUGUUACUUAUGUAAUAAUCUUAAAUAUAUAAAAAUCUCGUGUCACGUCUUUGUCCAGGAUAAACUCCGAAACUACUGGAUCGAUCUUGAUGAAAUUUUUACAAUGUCUGUAAUUUGGCCGAACUUAAAACUUUUAAGUUAAAAGAUAGGCUAAUUUAAAAAAGGAGAGGACCAACCCCGGUGGGUGCUCAAUCGGGAAUUUUGAGAUUUCAGAUGGAAAUUUUUGUUUAUAAAUGGUUGCCAUCGGUUUCUAAGCUAUUAUAAUAAUAAUAAUAAUAAAAAAAUAUUUGCUUUACUUUUCAAAUAUAAA